AUGGGGAAUGAUGAAAUGGAUGUAGGUCUUUCUGAAAAUGUUAAGAAUGUUGCCGUUGAUGAGGAGUCAGCUUUUCAGGAGUCUAAUGAGGUGGGUAAUAGCACGGCACUUGAUUUUGAUGGAGAAAUUGGAAGGAACAGUGGUAAGAGGUUAGCUACUGAUGGCGAAGCAAGCAGAGAUUUCACGACGUGCAUAAAUGGUGUUGAGGCAAGUUGGGUUGCUGUUGGUGGUAGUGGAAGUCAGGAAGGGAAAUUGGAUGUUGAUUUGAACUUGGGUUUGGGUUUGGAGCCUUCAUCAUCAUCAUUGGCACCAGCAUCUGUAAUGGGAAGAGCAAUUUGCAAUCUUGAGCAGAGUAAACGGCUCAAGAUUCAAUCUUUUUCUCUGGAUUGGGGCAGCGAUUCUGAGGAAAAAAUCCGUCCAACUGCCCCGGUGAAUGAGAAGAUUGUCACUGGGGAUGUGCCUGAUUUGUGUGUUGCUAAAAAUGGUGAUACAAAUAAUAGUGAUGAGUUACGAACGAGCGAUUUUUCAGGAAUCCGGAUGGAUCUUACUGAUGACUUGCUGCAUAUGAUUUUCUCCUUCUUGGACCACAUUGAUCUUUGUUUCGCUGCAAGUGUCUGUCGUCAAUGGAGGGAUGCAAGUUCUCAUGAAGAGUUUUGGCGUUACUUGAAUUUUGAGAAUCGACCCAUAUCUGAACGUCAAUUUCGGAGCAUGUGUCGACGAUAUCCAAAUGCUACUGCAGUUAAUGUUUAUGGUACCCCUGCUAUCAAUCAACUUGGGAUGAAAGCAAUUUGUUUAUUAAGACAUCUUGAGGUCUUAAUCCUAGGCAAAGGCCAACUAGGCGAGAACUUUUUUGAAAUGCUCAGUGAUUGUCAUAAGUUGAGGAGUUUGACCAUCAAUGAUGCUACUCUGUGUGGUGGCACUCAGGAUGUAUUUGUUGAUCAUGAUAGCUUACGUGAUCUUCAGAUUGUGAAGUGUCGCAUUCUUCGAGUUACCAUCAGGUGCCCCCAACUCGAGACCUUGUCUCUGAAGAGAAGUAGUAUGCCUCAUGCUGUUCUUAGCUGCCCUCUUUUGCGUGAUCUUGACAUUGCAUCUUGUCACAAGCUCUCAGAUGCCGCAAUUCGUGUGGUAGCAACCUUUUGCCCGCUCUUGGAAUCUUUGGAUAUAUCAAAUUGUUCGUCCAUCACUGACGAAACAUUACGAGAAAUAGCUUCGUCUAGUGGAAAUCUUCGUUUUCUUGAUGCUUCAUACUGCCCGAUUAUCGCUCUUGAAGCUGUGGUGCUGCCCAUGUUGACAGUUCUGAAGCUACACAGCUGUGAGGGCAUUACUUCAGCCUCAAUGGCUGCUAUAAGACGUAGUUCUAUGCUGGAGGUUCUUGAGCUUGAUAAUUGCAGUUUAUUGGCGUCAGUGUCUUUGGAUCUCCCGCGACUACAAAAGAUAAGGCUUGUUCAUUGCCGCAAGUUAGUAGAUUUGAAUUUGAGGAGCAGUGUGCUGUACUCAGUUACAGUUUCGAAUAGUCCCUCUCUCCGAAGGAUCAGCAUUGCAUCGGCUGCUCUUAGAAAAUUAGUGUUGCAAAAGCAAGAAAGUCUGACCACGUUAGCAUUGGAAUCCCCUUGUUUGGAAGAAGUAGACCUGACCGAGUGUGAAUCCUUGAAGAAUUCUAUUUGCGAAGUAUUCAAUAGUGGUGGAGGCUGUCCUGCAUUGAAAUCAUUGAUUCUUGAUAGUUGUGAGAGCUUGACAGAAGUGAGAUUGUGCAGUACGUCUUUGGUUAGUGUUUCACUCGGUGGUUGUCGUGCAAUGAAAUCUCUUGAUCUCAGCUGCCCACAUCUCAAGGGUAUCUCGUUAGAUGGAUGCGAUCAUCUCGAGAGAGCAAAAUUUACACCUGUUGGUCUCAAGUCCUUAAAUCUGGGCAUAUGUCCUAAAGUAAAUCUACUUUAUCUUGAAGCUCCCGAGAUGGCGUCUCUUGAGUUGAAAGGAUGUGGUGUGUUAUCUGAGGCGUUUAUUGACUGCCCACUUCUUACAUCUCUGGACGCGUCUUUUUGCAGCCAACUCAAGGAUGACUGUUUAUCGGCUACAACUUUAUCUUGCCCGCUUAUUGAUUCGUUGGUGCUGAUGUCAUGUCACUCUGUGGGCCCUGAUGGACUUUGGUCUCUGAGCUCCCUUCGGAGCUUGACCUACCUUGAUCUGUCCUACACCUUUUUGGUUCAUUUGCAGCCUGUUUAUGACUCCUGUUUAUAUUUGAAGGUUCUGAAACUGCAAGCAUGCAAAUACCUUAGCGACACAUCUUUGGAGCCUCUCUACAAAAGCAACGCCCUUCCAUCACUCUAUGAACUCGACUUGUCUUACGACUCCCUUUGUCAGUCGGCAAUAGAAGAAUUACUCGCUUGCUGUGAACGUUUGACCCACAUCAGCUUGAACGGUUGUGUGAACAUGCACGACUUGGAAUGGGGAUCCCGAAUGGAGAAUUUGUCCUCAAGGAACACUAUUUCUGGAUCAGACGAGUCUUUUCCAGAAGAUGUGGACCGAGCCAAUCGGCUGCUGCAAAACUUGAACUGUGUUGGCUGCCCGAAUAUCAAGAAAGUGGUUAUUCCUCCUAUGGCAGGAUGCGUACACCUGUCGACCUUAAACCUCUCCCUCUCGUACAACUUGAGGAAGGUCGAUUUAUCAUGUCGUAAUUUGUUGGUUCUUAAUUUGAGCAAUUGCUACUCCUUGGAGAUUCUGAAGCUCCACUGCCCAAAAUUGAGCAGUCUUUUUCUUCAGUCCUGUAACAUCAACGAGGAUGCCAUUGAAGCUGCCAUAAGGGACUGUAAUAUGCUCGAGACACUUGAUAUCCGCUUUUGCCCAAUGGUGAUAUCUACAGGGAGCAUGGCGAGGUUACGUGCUUCGUGCCCGAGCUUGAAGCGUAUAUUCAACAGCCUCGUAGCAGCAUGA